GAAACAAGAUGGCUGUGCGCUAGUAAGCGGAGAACUGAGAGGCUGCUUACAGAGAGCACGAGCACCGCUGGAGAGCAGGUUGCAGCUGACGUGUGUGUGCGUAGAAGUGUGUGUAAGAGAGAAAGAGCGAGCGAGAGAGAGAGAGAGAGAGAGAGUGUGUGAGUGUGUGUGUAUGUGCGCGUGUCUGGGUUGUGUCAUGAGUGUGUGGUGAGCGUGGGCGCGCGCGGAUCCCUGCAGCCCGUGCGGAGCAGCGGGAGAGGAGAGAGGACCGAGCUCCGAGCUGCUCACAGCCAUGUCCCUGCUGUGUGUGGGGGUGAAGAAAGCCAAGCUUGACGGACCCCAAGAGAAGUUCAACACAUAUGUGAGUCUGAAGGUGCAGAAUGUUAAAAGCACGACAAUCGCAGUGCGGGGCAACCAGCCCAGCUGGGAGCAGGAUUUCAUGUUUGAGAUAAACAGGCUGGACCUGGGCCUGACUGUGGAGGUGUGGAAUAAAGGUCUAAUCUGGGACACCAUGGUGGGCACCGUCUGGAUCCCCUUGCGGAGCAUUCGCCAAUCAAAUGAGGAGGGUCCAGGGGAGUGGUUGACACUGGACUCACAGGUGAUCAUGGCGGAUAAUGAAAUCUGCGGCACCAAAGACCCAACAUUCCACCGGGUGCUACUUGACACACGCUUCGAACUGCCACUGGAUAUCCCUGAGGAGGAAGCUCGAUACUGGGCUAAGAAACUGGAACAGCUGAAUGCCAUGAGGGACCAGGAUUACUCAUAUCAGGAGGAGCAGGAGAGGCCUCUACCUGUUCCUGGGACACAGUGCUGUAACUGGAAUCUAUGGGGAGAUCAACCGAAUGAAGAUCCGGACAGUGCAGUGGAUGACCGGGACAGCGAUUAUCGCAGUGAGACCAGUAACAGCAUCCCUCCUCCAUUCUACACCACCUCGCAGCCCAAUGCCUCAGUCCACCAGUACCCCAUGAACCAGCAGCGCACCACCCGCACCAACUACUCCCGCUCCAGCAACAGCUGCGACAUCGACUACGACCACCACAGAGCAAUCAGUCCAACAGGAAGCUAUGCAUCUUCUGCUGAGUUAAGCCGCUGCAGCUCCCAGUUGAGUGAGGAAUAUGGUGAGCGGGAGCUGUAUGAUGAAAAUGACUCCUACCACUCCUGCCACUCCUCCGUCUCCUACAGUAAAGGCUCUCCCGACUGGGACCCAGAUGAAACACCAGGCGCCUACAGCGACGAGGGCGGCUACAGCAAGGAUGGUGGCGAGGAGGGUGCCCUGUAUGAAGAGGAGGAUGGAGACCCGUAUGCUGAAGAGGCUGACCUUUAUGAGGGUGAAGAGGAUGACUUCAACUAUGAAGAUGAAGACUUGUACCCUGUGGAUGAAGUUCUCAGUGAAGACCAGGAGCCUCCAUACACCCCGACCCCAACCAGCACUGCCCCAACACUGGGUGUGCCAUCCACCACCAGGCCACCACUGGAGAAGCAGGCAUCUCUGCACCAACAGCCACCACCGCAGGGACAGAAUGCUAGCCAACCACCCAGUCAAGUUCCAACUCAACCGUCCAAACAAGUUUCUAGCCAACCCGCCAAUCAAACCAUUCAAGCUCAAGUGCAACCACAACCACCCAACCAGGCACCAGCCAAGCCCCUGUCCCAGCAGCCUCCUAGGCAGAACCCCCAACUCCAGCAUCAGCAGUCCUCUUCAGGCCCCAUCCCAUCUGUCCAGUCUUUCUUUGCCAUGGCCAAGCCUUUGACUGCAGUGUUUGGGUUGGGCGGCUCUACACCCCCACAACCUCCUGCACCUGCAACCCAAACCCACCAAUCACAGCCACAACCCCAAUCUGUAGCCCCCCAACACCAAGCUCCGGCAGUCCAGGCUUCUGCCCCUGGUACUCACCAAACACCUCCAGCUUCAGCCAAGCCCCAAGAAUCUCCAACUCAACCCCAAGCUGCAGUGACUGCCUCUCAACCCCCAGUUCCCACAGCCAAGCUGCCUACCCCAACAGAGGAGAUCAUUGAGGAGCCACCAGUACCAGAACAACCCUAUCUGAAGGAUGAAGAGAUACCUGUAGAAGAGCCUCCUUUGGAGGAGAUGGAGAAGGAAAGCAUCCCUCCCUCACCAACACUAGAAGAGAAGGAGCAAGUGCCUGAACCAGAGAGAGAGCCAGUGGUUGAGGAGGUGAAGGAGCCUGUGGACCCAGCAGUACGAGCCAAGGAAAACUGGCUACGGCUUUUCAACAAGGUCCGGCAGCAACUGCAAGAGGCACGGGGAGAAACAGACUCUCAGUCUCUGUGGUUUGGAAAGGGAGGGAUGGGAGGAGCUCUGUACAGCAUAGACAGCAUGCCUGACCUGCGCAAGAGGAAAGCUAUCCCAUUGGUCCGGGACCUGGCUAUGUCUUUGGUGCAGAACUCUCGCAAGGCCGGAAUCACGUCUGCUAUGGCAUGUAGCACACUCAACAAUGAAGAACUGAAAAGUCAUGUGUAUAAAAAGACACUACAGGCUCUGAUCUACCCCAUCUCCUGUACCACACCGCAUAACUUUGAGGUGUGGACAGCCACCACCCCCACCUACUGCUAUGAGUGUGAGGGGCUGCUGUGGGGCAUUGCCCGGCAGGGCAUGCGCUGCACAGAAUGCGGGGUCAAAUGCCACGAGAAGUGCCAGGACCUGCUCAACGCUGACUGCCUACAGAGAGCUGCUGAGAAGAGUUCUAAGCACGGUGCAGAGGAUCGCACUCAGAAUAUCAUCAUGGUCCUGAAGGACCGUAUGAAGAUCCGUGAGCGCAACAAACCAGAGAUCUUUGAGCAAAUCCAGGAAGUGUUUGGUGUGGUCAAGGCGACCCACGCCACUCAGAUGAAGCAGAUCAAGCAGAGCGUGCUUGAUGGAACCUCCAAAUGGUCAGCCAAGAUCAGCAUCACGGUGGUCUGUGCCCAAGGGCUACAGGCAAAGGAUAAAACUGGCUCCAGUGACCCCUAUGUGACAGUACAGGUGGGAAAGACCAAGAAGAGGACCAAGACCAUCUACGGCAACCUGAACCCCAUCUGGGAUGAGAGUUUCCACUUUGAGUGCCAUAACUCAUCAGAUCGUAUAAAGGUCAGAGUGUGGGAUGAGGAUGAUGACAUUAAGUCCCGCGUGAAGCAGAGGUUCAAACGAGAGUCUGAUGACUUCCUCGGCCAGACAAUCAUCGAGGUCCGAACUCUCAGCGGAGAGAUGGAUGUGUGGUACAACCUUGACAAGCGCACUGAUAAGUCGGCUGUAUCUGGAGCCAUCCGGAUGCGUAUCAGCGUGGAGAUCAAAGGAGAGGAGACUGUGGCUCCGUACCACGUCCAGUACACCUGCCUGCAUGAGCACCUGUUCCACUACACCACUGAAGAGCAGAAUGGCGGUGUGGUGAAGAUUCCAGAUGCUAAAGGAGACGAUGCCUGGAAGGUUUACUUCGAGGAGACGGCACAGGAGAUUGUGGAUGAGUUUGCCAUGAGAUACGGAGUGGAGUCCAUCUACCAGGCCAUGACGCACUUUGCAUGUUUGUCAUCGAAGUACAUGUGUCCUGGCGUUCCGGCCGUCAUGAGCACCCUCCUGGCCAACAUCAACGCUUACUAUGCUCACACCACCCAGUCGUCCAACAACGUGUCCGCCUCUGACCGUUUCGCUGCAUCCAACUUUGGGAAAGAGAGGUUUGUGAAGCUCCUGGAUCAACUGCACAACUCCCUAAGGAUUGACCUCUCCAUGUACAGGAAUAAUUUCCCUGCCAGUAGUCCUGAGAGGCUGCAGGAUCUGAAGUCUACUGUGGAUCUUCUCACCAGCAUCACCUUCUUCAGGAUGAAGGUCCAGGAGCUGCAGAGUCCUCCUCGUGCGAGUCAGGUGGUUAAAGAUUGUGUGAAGGCCUGUCUGAACUCCACGUAUGAGUACAUCUUCAACAACUGCCAUGAGCUCUACAGCCGAGAAUAUCAGACCGACCCGUCUAAGAGUGUCCCUCCAGAGGAGCAGGGCCCCAGCAUCAAAAACCUAGACUUCUGGUCCAAACUCAUUACCCUUAUUGUUUCCAUUAUAGAAGAGGACAAAAACUCCUACACGCCUUGUCUCAACCAGUUCCCUCAGGAGCUGAAUGUGGGGAAGAUUAGUGCUGAGGUAAUGUGGAACAUGUUCGCUCAGGACAUGAAGUAUGCCAUGGAAGAGCACGAGAAGCACCGGCUGUGCAAGAGUGCAGAUUACAUGAACCUUCACUUCAAAGUCAAGUGGCUAUAUAAUGAGUACUGCAAGGAGCUGCCCUGCUUCAAAGACCGUGUGCCAGAGUACCCUGCGUGGUUUGAGCCUUUUGUGAUUCUCUGGUUGGAUGAAAAUGAAGAAGUAUCUAAGGACUUCCUGCAUGGUGCCCUGGUGAGGGAUGCAAAGGAUGGGUUCCAGCAGACGUCAGAGCAUGCCCUGUUUUCCUGCUCUGUGGUGGAUGUUUUCUCUCAGCUCAAUCAGAGCUUUGAAAUUAUUCGGAAGUUGGAGUGCCCUGACCCUCAAAUUGUCGGCAAUUACAUGAAGAGAUUUGCAAAGACUAUUGGAACUGUACUUCUGUCUUAUGCUGAUAUCAUUGCCAAGGACUUCCCCAGCCACUGUAAUAAGGAGAAAGUGCCUUGCAUCAUCAUUAAUAACAUCCAGCAGCUGAGGGUGCAGUUGGAGAAGAUGUUUGAGGCCAUGGGAGGCAAAGAUCUGAACGUGGAGGCCAGUGACUUCCUGAAGGAGCUGCAGGUCAAGCUCAAUAACGUGAUGGAUGACCUCAGCAGGAUCUUUGCAGUCAGUUUCCAGCCCCACAUUGAAGUGAGUGUAAGGCAGAUGGGGGAUAUCCUGAGCCAGGUAAAGGGGGCCAACGUUCCUGCUAACGGCAACGGCAGCCUCACACAGGAUGCCGACAACGUCCUGCAGCCCAUCAUGGACUUCCUUGAUAGCAAUCUGACAUUGUUUGCUAAAAUCUGUGAGAAGACAGUUCUGAAGCGUGUCCUCAAAGAGCUGUGGAAGCUGGUUAUGAACACCAUGGAGAAAACCAUCGUUCUUCCCCAACUUACGGACCAAACGGGCACGCAGCUCAUCUUUAAUGCUGCUAAAGAGUUGGGCCAGCUCUCCAAGCUGAAGGAGCACAUGGUGCGAGAGGAGGCCAAGGCACUCACCCCCAAACAGUGUGCCGUCAUUGAGCUGGCACUGGAUACCAUAAAGCAAUACUUCCACGCUGGCGGGGUGGGUCUGAAGAAGACGUUUUUGGAGAAAAGCCCAGACCUGCAGUCUCUGCGCUACGCUCUCUCACUCUACACACAGGCCACAGACAAACUCAUCAGGAAAUUCGUCCAGUCACAGCACACUCAGGUCCAUGGAGGUAAAGGGGUGAGGUUUACCCCCAGUGAGGAUGUGUACCCAGAGAAGGCCUCGAGUGUGGAUGAUGCUGUGGGAGAGGCGUCCAUGACUGUGGAGAUCCUUGGUGACCCCAACACAGGAGGACACAAAAUCAACGUUAAAGUGGUGGCAGCCAAUGACCUGCGCUGGCAGACCCAGGGCAUAUUCCGCCCCUUCGUGGAAGUGUACAUCAUUGGGCCUCACCUCAGUGACAAGAAGCGGAAGUUUGCCACCAAGUCUAAGAACAACAGCUGGUCUCCUAAGUUUGGCGAGUCCUUUCAAUUUGUUCUGGGCAGUGAGCUGGGCCCCGAGGGCUAUGAGCUGCAUGUGUGUGUGAAGGACUACUGCUUUGCCCGGGAGGACCGCACAGUGGGCAUGGCUGUGCUGCAGCUGAAGGAUGUGGUGGCACGGGGCAGUGGGGCCUACUGGCUGCCGCUGGGCAAACGGGUACAUAUGGACGAGACGGGCCUGACGGUGCUGCGCAUCCUCUCCCAGCGCAACAAUGACGAGGUGGCCAAGGAGUUCGUCAAGCUCAAAUCCGAUCAGCGCUCGGCCGAGGAGGGACGAGGCAGCUAGAAGCGAAAAUGGAAGGGAAAGACACACAUAUACACGCACAUAGACAUGCACACAGUAACCAAACCAGUGGGGGUCAGUCCAGUAAGUAGAGACUUCAGUACAGACCAUAUAGAGCUCUAAACUGUUGCGCCUCUGCUAUAUAAUUGAUAGUGGCAUAACAUAAAUCUCUGUACAAAAACUUAAAGCAAUGAAAUCUGAUUCAAGCAAAUAAUGAUGACAGAGGUAUAGCUCUUUCAUCUUUGCCUUGUUUUAUUUUUAAAAAGGGAAUUCAGCUGACGUGCUAACACAUGACCAUAUACAUAUAGAUACACAGCCAUAUCCUCCAAAUUUCUUCGUCUUUGCACUCUAGAUUUACUAAAGAC